AUGCAACCGGACGAGGAGCCUCAGCUCUUUGAGCAGUGCCGUGUCUGCAUUGUAUGUACAGACUUACUGCCCCUCGAGACCGCCGAACAGUUAGCAGCAGUGAUUGAAGAAUACGGCGGCGAACCAUCGAUUCAUAAUUCAAGCCCAACAAAAGGUGACACUGCCGAGUGCACUCAUAUUGUAUCCAAUACCAUCAACUUUGAGUCCUAUGACAUCGCCUGUAAGGCCUUGAUCCCGAUCGUGAAGCCAUCAUGGGUACACACUUCUCUGUCUAAACGCAAGCUUGCCAACCCACGCCAACAUAGCCCUGACCCACGUUUAUUCUUGCACGAUGUGGUGGUGACAUGCGGCGACAUCCCAGAGGGAGAUAAAGAUGCUAUUAUUGGUGGAGUUGUGGCUAAAGGCGGCCUGUACAGCCCUCGCAUGUCCGCUUUGGUUACUCAUCUGGUAGAUUUGACCAUGGACUCAGACAAGGCGCGUCUGACGCAAGCUAAAAAGCUGCGUGCAAAGAUCGUUUUGCCUCAUUGGUUUGAUGAUUGCCUGAAACUUGGUCGGCGCAUUGACGAGCGCCCGUACAUACUACCCGAUCCAGAGAUCUUGCGCGCUAACCCCGACGACCCAAUUCGAGGAAACGGAAACAAGGGCCUGGCUGGCGCUUCCACGCCUGAGCCGUCUGCCUUGCCUACAGUGAACAUUGAUGCACAGGGGACCAAUGACCGCAGCGUAUUUGAUGGGAAAUGCAUCAUGCUGUCCCCUGACUUGAGUAUUGGCUCGCGCUUGCUGGAAUCUAUCGAAACGGUCAUCAAGCAAGGUGGUGCGACUGUGACACGAAAUCUCAACGAAGCGGAUUGGAUUAUUUGUCGCUUCCGUGAAGGGUUUGUCUAUCGAAAUGCCUCACGACUAGACAAAGAAGUCGGCAAUCUUGCCUGGCUGUACUCUUUGAUGACGUACAACGAGUACACUCGGCCUUUGAGCCGAAUGCUUCAUUACCCAGUUUCUCGCACACCGAUUCCCGGGUUUGAAGGGCUCAAAAUCAGUCUGUCCAACUAUGUUGGCGAAGCCAGAAUUUAUCUGGAAAAUUUGAUCGCCGCAGCUGGUGCCGAGUGCACGAAAACCUUGAAGCAGGAAAAUACGCACUUAAUUACUGCCCAUGGAACAAGUGAGAAAUGCAGCGCUGCGAGGGAAUGGGGCUUACACGUGGUCAACCAUUUAUGGUUGGAAGACAGCUACGCCAAAUGGCAAAUGCAACCCGUCUCCUGCCCGCGCUACAAUUACUUCCCAUCACGAACUAACCUAGGUGACGUUGCCGGUCAGAGGAUGCUGGAGCGUGAUGUUCUUGAGAAGAACUUCUUCUCUUCCGAAGGUCUACCGAGUCCUGAAACAACUACAAUGCAGAAUAAAGACAGGGAUGCGCCAUCGAUGCAGCCACCUGCUGAUAAAAAGCAGGAAGACGGUGAUAAGGCUUCCGAAAAGACCAGUACCCCCAAAGCCAAUGGGAAGACCCGCAAGUCUUCAGAGAAGAAGGUAGAGACCCCUGCUCGGUCUCGGCUUAUCCCUGAUAACAAGGAGAACGAGACUCCGUCGUCGGUUAGCAGCCGUAAAUCGAAAGAGGCAGCAAUUGCUCAUCUCCAUGAUCUUGCCCCCGAUAUUGCUCUGUACGAAAAAGAAAUGAAGCGCGUCGGUGGCGUCAUACACGGCGGUAGACGGAAGUCAGAUGAGGAUCGUGUGCGCGACAACCCCAAGAAGCGCCGCUCCGUCGAAGCAGAGGGAGAAAGUGACACUGAGCAAGCAAACGAAGCUAAAAGGGCAAAGAAAUCUCGACCUGCUAUUGCGAUGCACUUACUAAUCACCGGCUACCAAAAUUGGGUUGGGAAAGGCAAUGAGAAAAGAGAAGAUGCAGACAAGCGACAUCUUCGAGAUCUGGGUAUCAUGGUGGUUCAGGAUGCCCGACGAUGCACCCACAUGGCGGCCCCGUCGAUUCUGCGUACCACCAAGUUUGUAAAUGCUUUGGCAUAUGCGCCCGUCAUUGUUAAUACCGACUUUGUCACCAAAUGCUUGAAAGAGGACAAGCUGCUCGACCCGGCAGAUUUCAAGUUGAUCGACAAAGCGGCCGAGAGCAAAUUCCGAUUUUCUUUAGCCAAGGCUACAGACAAGGCCAAGGCAAAUAAGAACAAGCUUCUGCGCGGGUUCCGCAUCUACUGCGUGGAAGACAUUCGUGGUGGAUUUGAAGCAUUCAAGUCCAUCGUUGACGUGAAUGGCGGAGAGUGCAUGCUCUUCCGUGGCCGCCUUGCACUGACCAACCCUUCACGGCGGGAGGAAAGUGACGACGAAGAGAGUGAAGAGGAUGGCGAAUCUGGACGACACGACGUCUUCCUUCUCAGCAGUGCCGAGUCCAAGCAUGCUCGUCUCUGGCCCCGAUUCCGUCAGGUAGCUGGCGAUAUCAAGCGGGCUCCGCGGAUCGUCCGAGUGGACUGGCUGCUCGACAUGGCCAUGUCGCAGGAGUUGAAAAGCCCCGAGGCGUACGAGCUGACGGAGGAUAUGAUUGGCAACGAAGAAGACUAG